GGUGCGGGAGCGCGCCCGUGGUGGCGGCGGCGGCGGCGGCGGCGGCGACUGUGGCGGGGGGGGGGGCGGGGAACGUUGGCUAAGGCGACAGUGGCGGCUUAGGCACUGGCAGCGGGCGGCUGGCGUUCCUGGUGCUGCUCGGCGCGCGGCCGACUCUCUAGUUCGGGGCGGAACGCUCGGCGGCGAGGGCCCCGCCCGGAAAGUUUGCUGUGGAGUCGCGACCUCCUGGCCCGCGCGGCCCGACAUGGAGCGGCGCUGAGGAGCUGCUACCGCUGCCGCUGCCGCUGCAGCCGCCGCCGCCGCCGCAAGCCGCCGCCACCUGAGGAGGAGCCGCAGCACCUUGGGCCACGCCGAUGACUACUGCAAACUGUGGCGCCCACGACGAGCUCGACUUCAAACUCGUCUUUGGCGAGGACGGGGCGUCGGCGCCGCCGCCCCCGGGCUCGCGGCCUGCAGAUCUUGAGCCAGAUGAUUGUGCAUCCAUUUACAUCUUUAAUGUAGAUCCACCUCCAUCUACUCUAAACACACCACUUUGCUUACCACAUCAUGGAUUACCAUCUCACUCUUCUGUUUUGUCACCAUCGUUUCAGCUCCAAAGUCACAAAAACUAUGAAGGAACUUGUGAGAUUCCAGAAUCUAAAUAUAUCCCAUUAAGUGGCCCAAAACCCUUUGAGUGCCCAAGUAUUCAAAUUACAUCUAUUUCCCCUAACUGUCAUCAAGAAAUAGAUGCACAUGAAGAUGACCUACAGAUAAAUGACCCAGAAAGGGAAUUUUUAGAAAGGCCUUCUAGAGAUCAUCUCUAUCUUCCUCUUGAGCCAUCCUACCGGGAGUCUUCUCUUAGUCCUAGUCCUGCCAGCAGCAUCUCUUCUAGGAGCUGGUUCUCUGAUGCAUCUUCUUGUGAAUCACUUUCACAUAUUUAUGAUGAUGUUGACUCAGAGUUGAAUGAAGCUGCAGCCCGGUUUACCCUUGGAUCCCCUCUGACUUCUCCUGGUGGCUCUCCAGGGGGCUGUCCUGGAGAAGAAACUUGGCAUCAACAGUAUGGACUUGGACACUCAUUAUCACCUAGGCAAUCUCCUUGCCACUCUCCUAGAUCCAGUAUCACUGAUGAGAAUUGGCUGAGCCCCAGGCCAGCCUCAGGACCCUCAUCGAGGCCCACUUCCCCCUGUGGGAAACGGAGGCACUCCAGUGCUGAAGUUUGUUAUGGUGGGUCCCUUUCACCCCAUCACUCACCUGUUCCUUCUCCUGGUCACUCCCCCAGGGGAAGUGUGACAGAAGAUACCUGGCUCAAUGCUUCUGUCCAUGGUGGGUCAGGCCUUGGCCCUGCAGUUUUUCCAUUUCAGUACUGUAUAGAGACUGACAUCCCUCUGAAAACAAGGAAGACUUCUGAAGAUCAAGCUGCCAUACUACCAGGAAAAUUAGAGCUCUGUUCAGAUGACCAAGGGAGUUUAUCACCAUCCCGGGAGACUUCAGUAGAUGAUGGCCUUGGAUCUCAGUAUCCUUUAAAGAAAGAUUCAUCUGGUGAUCAGUUUCUUUCAGUUCCUUCACCCUUUACCUGGAGCAAACCAAAGCCUGGCCACACCCCUAUAUUUCGCACAUCUUCAUUACCUCCGCUAGACUGGCCUUUACCAACUCAUUUUGGACAAUGUGAACUGAAAAUAGAAGUACAGCCUAAAACUCAUCAUCGAGCCCAUUAUGAAACAGAAGGUAGUCGAGGAGCAGUAAAAGCAUCCACUGGGGGACAUCCUGUCGUGAAGCUCCUGGGCUAUAACGAAAAGCCGAUAAAUCUACAAAUGUUUAUUGGGACAGCAGAUGAUCGAUAUUUACGACCUCAUGCAUUUUACCAGGUGCAUCGAAUCACUGGGAAGACAGUUGCUACUGCAAGCCAAGAGAUAAUAAUUGCCAGUACAAAAGUUCUGGAAAUUCCGCUUCUUCCUGAAAAUAACAUGUCAGCCAGCAUUGACUGUGCAGGUAUUUUGAAACUCCGCAAUUCAGAUAUAGAACUUCGAAAAGGAGAAACUGAUAUUGGCAGGAAGAAUACUAGAGUACGACUUGUGUUUCGUGUACACAUCCCACAGCCCAGUGGAAAAGUUCUUUCUCUGCAAAUAGCUUCUAUACCUGUUGAGUGCUCCCAGCGAUCUGCUCAAGAACUUCCUCAUAUUGAAAAGUACAGUAUCAACAGUUGUUCUGUAAACGGAGGUCAUGAAAUGAUUGUGACUGGAUCUAAUUUUCUUCCAGAAUCCAAAAUCAUUUUUCUGGAAAAAGGACAAGAUGGACGACCUCAGUGGGAGGUAGAAGGGAAAAUAAUCAGGGAAAAAUGUCAAGGGGCUCACAUUGUCCUUGAAGUUCCUCCAUAUCAUAACCCAGCAGUUACAGCUGCAGUGCAGGUGCACUUUUAUCUUUGCAAUGGCAAGAGGAAAAAAAGCCAGUCUCAACGUUUUACUUACACACCAGUUUUGAUGAAGCAAGAGCACAGAGAAGAGAUUGAUCUGUCUUCAGUUCCAUCUUUGCCUGUGCCUCAUCCUGCUCAGACCCAGAGGCCUUCUUCUGAUUCAGAGCACCCACACGAAAGUGUACUGUCAACACAGAGAAGUUUGGUUUGUUCCAUCCCACAAACAUAUGCAUCCAUGGUGACCUCAUCCCAUCUGCCACAGUUGCAGUAUAGAGAUGAGAGUGCUAGUAAAGAACAGCAUAUGAUUCCUUCUCCAGUUGUACACCAGCCUUUUGAAGUCACACCAACACCUCCUGUGGGAUCUUCCUAUCAGUCUAUGCAAACUAACAUUGUGUACAAUGGACCAACUUGUCUUCCUAUUAAUGCUGCCUCUAGUCAAGAAUUUGAUUCAGUUUUGUUUCAGCAGGAUGCAGCUCUUCCUAGUUUAGUGAAUCUUGGCUGUCAACCACUGUCAUCCAUACCAUUUCAUUCUUCAAAUUCAGGCUCAACAGGACAUCUCUUAGCACAUACACCUCAUUCUGUGCAUACCCUGCCUCAUCUGCAAUCAAUGGGAUAUCAUUGUUCAAAUACAGGACAAAGAUCUCUUUCUUCUCCAGUGGCUGACCAGAUCACAGGUCAACCUUCUUCUCAGUUGCAACCUGUUACAUAUGGUCCUUCACAUUCAGGGUCUGCUGCAACAGCUUCCCCAGCAGCUUCUCAUCCCUUGGCUAGUUCACCACUUUCUGGGCCACCAUCUCCUCAGCUUCAGCCCAUGUCUUACCAGUCUCCUAGCUCAGGAAUUGCUUCAUCACCGUCUCCAGCCACCAGAAUGCAUUCUGGACAGCGCUCAACUCAAGCACAAAAUACAGGCCAGAGGGGUCUUUCUGCACCUUCAUCUUUAAUAUGUCACAGUUUGUGUGAUCCAACUUCAUUUCCACCUGACGGGGCAACUGUGAGCAUUAAACCUGAACCAGAAGAUCAGGAGCCUAACUUUGCAACAAUUGGUCUGCAGGACAUCACUUUAGAUGAUGACCAGUUUAUAUCUGACUUGGAACACCAGCCAUCAGGUUCAGCAGAGAAAUGGCCUAACCACAGUGUGCUCUCGUGUCCAGCUCCUUUCUGGAGAAUCUAGAGGUGAACGAGAUAAUUGGGAGAGAUAUGUCCCAGAUUUCUGUUUCCCAAGGAGCAGGAGUAAGCAGGCAGGCUCCUCUCCCGAGUCCUGAGUCCCUGGAUUUAGGAAGAUCUGACGGGCUCUAACAGUGCUCACUGCAGCCUUGUGUCCACCACCAACUUCUCAGCAUGUUUCUCUCCUUGGACCUUGGGUUUCCAACUCUGCAGCCUUCAGUUCUGGCACCAGGAGUGGGACUCACCAUUUGUGGGGAAAGCAGCAUUCCUCCACCUCAGGCCUUGGGUAGAUUUUGUAAAAGAACAGGAGCAGCAUAGGCUGUUUGAGCUUUGGGGAAAUGAGCUUUGCUUUUUAUAUUUAACUAGGAUACUUUUAUAUGAUGGGUGCUUUGAGUGUGAAUGCAGCAGGCUCUUUAUUUCUGAGGUGCUGCUUUUGCAGGUGACCUGGUUACUUAGCUAGCAUUGGUGAUAUGUACCACUUUAUCAUCAUUUGAAGGGCCCUUUAGUUUUUAUGAUAAUUUUUAAAAUGGGAACUUUUGAUAAGACCUUCCAGAAGCAAAAAAAAAAAAAAAAAAAAAAAAAAAAAAAAAGAAAACAUUAUCCCAAGCCUACACCUAUGCCUCAGAAAGUCAGUAUGUGUCCUAAAGACUUUCAUAGAUUUAUAGGAAACAAAGCCAAAUAUAGCUCAUACCUCUUUAUAAAACUAAACUGUUGUUAGAUAAAAUGAGAAGAGACCAUUCCAUCAUUGAAGUGUUGGAAUAUAAAAAGACAUUCCAGAGCAUAGCCUUUUGGUAACUUUCUAGGUAAUCUUAUUGCAGUUUCUCCAUACUGGCUCCAUGUUGAUACUGCUUUUUCCCUCAGGACCCUCGGUAAGAUGGCUACAUGUAAGGUGACUCUGAAUGGUGGGGUUUUAGCUUGGUCACUUUCAUUUCUUGCCAUCAUAAAAACUACUAGGCUGUGGAGUGCUUUUCCUAUUUGCGUCCUCUGGUCCUAGAACCUUUUCCAAACAGGAGCCUUUGGCUGUUCUGUGACCUUUGAAGCCAGUCUCCCAGUGGUUUAAGCAGGUUUGCAUUUUUAACUCUUCUCUAGAGGUCAUAUUGUGUGCAGGGCUAAAGCACAAAUGAGCAGUACAUCAGCAUGGGCAGAGAAAAUGCAGGAUUCCAGAUGGGAAGGUUUUAAGAGUCACACUGGUAUGGAAGGCUUAUCUGCCAUUCUGUUUAUAGCCUGAAAUGAUUCUGGCCUACCCUGUCCUGUCUGUAUGAUCUUAAAACCAGCCUUUUCCCCAGAAGGCUCUGAGCACAUCCAAAAGUGAUAGCCUGACCCUCCACACCAAAGACAUCCUGGUGCUGCUGCUGGUGAGACUGGUGUCCAAGGCAGGGCCCAGCAGAAACUCCAGCCUACUAUCUACCAAAGGAGGUGCCCAAGUUGGGUACUUAAAAAAACAAAAAA